AUGGCAAAAGGAGGCAGCCUUCUCUCCACUCUGAUUGCCAUUGCGCUCGGCUUGGCUCUGUUGAUGGUGGCCCAGCAGUGCUUCUUGACAACUACACCGACGCCACCCUCGGGCAAUGCUCAGCCACGGCACGCGCAAAACAGGGUGGACCUGCAACUCCACAAUGCGCCGAUGGUGCCAAUGGAAGGUGAUUUUGCAGCUGGUUCCCUUUUCGCUGGUUCAGAAGCUCUCUCUCUUGAGGGCGCUGACCGGGAAGUCAACGUUGCAAUGUUCAACAAGAAGCGCACGAAACGAGACCGAAGUGAGGGUUGGACCCUGCGAAAGAAGUUUCGCAGUUGCUCCCUUCUGGCCCGCGCUGCCACCGCGAAGGGCCGGAAGAUUCUGAAGAAGCGCAUGUGGCGCGGCAAGAAAGUGCUUGCACCCGGCGACUACUGCAACUACAAGAUGCAGAGUGAAGAAGUUGCGCUAGGUCCAUGGGGCGCUCUCACUCCCAGGCCGUCUUUCCCGCCUGGUACCGGCUUGUCCAAAGCCUUUGCCCGCCAGCGCCUGGACGUGCAGACCGUCCUCCAGUGCCUCUUCUUCCCCUGGCUGCUCUUCUGUGCCACGUAUGCGCUGCUGUCCUGCUCCCUGCACUUCUACCGGCCGAGCCUCACCUACUCCUUGGUGGCCCUCGCAGCGCUGCCGCCCACGGUGCUCACGUGGCCACCAAGAGUGCAAUGUCCAUCCUACCGGAAAAGCCUGUGUUCACAAUAUGGCAUGCAUCAGAGUUUCAGAGACGGCAGCGGGCGCAAGAUGCGAGGGGCGGGCGCAUCGCAGGGAGGGACGGGGGACUGGGGACGGGUCGCGGGGAAAUCGAGGGCCGCGCCGGUGCGUGA